UGUCACCCCCAUCGUGGCGCUGCUCUACACACCCGUGCUCAUCAGUGGACCAUGUUCCUGGCCACGGGCAUCUACGCCCUCUUCAUCUCCAGCAACUACUGGGAGCGCUACUAUACACUGGUGCCCUCGGCCGCAGCCAUCGGCGUGGCCAUCGUGCCCUUCUGGGCCUCCAUGGGCACCUACGUGACACGCAUGGCGCACAAGUACUACGAGUAUGCGCACUACCGCGAGGAGCACGUGCAGGAACAGCGGCGCGCACCACGCGGCGCCUCCGCCGCCUACAUCGUCGUCUUCCAGAGCCUCUUCUACGGCUGCUUCCACCUGAGCUUCGUGGGUGCCCAGAUGCCCAUGCUCUUCUUCCUCAACGACUACCUGUACAAGUUCAAUCACACGCUCGACGGGGUGACGCACUGUGGCACCCUCAGCAAGGGCACCCUGGCUGGCCUCAGCACCACGGUGCUGCAGAGCCUGCCGCGCAGCGCCAGCCUCAUCGUGGUGGAGAGUGUCCUCAUGGCGGCCGCCUUCACCGCCAUGCUGCUGGUGCUKUUGCUCUGCGGCCCCGCGCACCGGCCUACCGAGGAGAUCGACCUGCGCAGCAUCGGCUGGGGCAACAUCUUCCAGCUGCCCUUCAAGCACAUGCGGGACUACCGCCUGCGCCACCUCUUCCCCUUCUUCAUCUACAGCGGCUUUGAGGUGCUCUUCGUCUGCACCGGCUUCGCCCUGAACUACGGAGUGUGCGCGCUGGGGCUGGAGCGGCUGGCRUCGCUGGUGGCGACAUACGGCGCGGCGGCGGCGGCGGGCUCAGCGCUGGCACUGUGCGCGCUGCGGCUGCGGCGCCGCGUGCCGCUGCUGGCCGGCGCGCUCCUGCAUGGUGCCCUGCUCGUCACGCUUUUCUGCUGGGCGCCCGAGCCGCGCACACCCACCCAGGCACCGCUGCUGCACGCGCUGGCYGCGCUCUGGGGCCUGGGCAGCGCCCUCAACAAGACAGGCAUCAGCAUUGUGCUGGGCGAGCUCUACGAGGACAAGGAGCGCCAGGACUUCAUCUUCACCAUCUACCACUGGUGGCAGGCGCUGGCCAUCUUCGGCGUAUACCUGUGGCAGGAGCUGCCCAUGAAGGCCAAGCUGUCGGUGCUGCUGCUGGCACUGGCCGUGGCCACGGGCGCCUACGGCUGGAUGGAGCGCAAGGUGGCGCGGCGCGUGGCGCACCGGCUGCCCCGCAUCCCACGGCCGCGCCACCGCGUGCGYGGCUACCGCUACCUGCGCGACGACGACUCCGACGCCACCGGCUCCGAGGCUGGCGGCGACAGCGACCGCGACGUCAGCUGUGACAACAAGGACGACAGUGACCACAGUGGUGCCAACGAGGGCGAUGGCGACAUCAACGGCAGCCGCGACAAGGACGGUGCCACGAGGGGCAAUGUGGGUCUGCGGGAGCGACCCGUGGCAGCCACGCGCACGCCUGAGGAGCGCGGCAGCUGAGCUCCGUCUGUGCGCAUGCUGCAAUA